UUUUUGUUUAUAUUGAAUGUUGAAGUUUGUGGUCUAGUUACUGUGUAAUAAAUUAUCCAAAUUAUUUACUUAGUUAAUUAAUUUGGUUGGGCAACCACACGUCGAACUGAAGGCAUCCGGGCUGUUCACGGUUUGAUUGCGUAUGCGCACCGGUCCGUCGCUGCCAACAUGCAACCGGCCAUCGACAUCUCCGAAGUGAACGCCAUCUUCUGCCGAGCGCGGGCCGAGCGCGCACGAUUUGGUCCUCACACCGACAAGUACGUCUUCAAAUCGGCCGACCACGCGUCGAACGCGCUCCUACAGAUGAACAAGAUGAGAAAGGAAGGCGACAUGUGUAAUAUGGAGCUGCACACGAAGGGCGGCAAGGUUCUCAAGGCUCAUCGUCUCGUCUUGGCGGCGUGUUCUCCGUUUUUCGAGGCCAUGUUUCGCAGUGACUUGAUUGAAUGCCGCAGCGGUGUCGUGCACCUGCAGACGGAGGAUUACGACGUCAUGGAGCAGUUGAUAGAGUAUUGCUACACAUGUAGGAUAGACAUAACGGCGGAUAACGUGCAGAGGUUGCUUCCUACGGCCGACUUGCUGCAAAUUACGAACGUGAAAUUGGCCUGCUGUGAGUUUUUGGCUCAUCACAUUGAUGUAUCGAAUGUCUUGGGAUUCUGGCUGUUUGCGGAUCGCAAUAUGUGUGACAAGCUGGCACUGAAGGCUUCCAUCUUUAUACGGGAAAAGUUUGUAUUUGUUAUGAGAGAGGAUGAGUUUCUAGAGUUGCCACUGGACAGACUACAGUGGCUAACCAAACACAUGGAGCUCAAUAUUGCUUGUGAAGACCAGGUAUGUGAGGCUGUGUUGCGAUGGGUUGGUUACAAUGCGAAGGAACGAAGUCGGCAUCUCUUGAGUCUUCUUAAUGAUGUUCGCCUUCAACUGAUGCAUCCACAUUACUUAAUUUAUUCACUUUAUCAGCAUCCGUUGGUGAGAAACCAUGAACCAACUGCUACUUACCUCAGAAAUUUUGUUGUUGGAGAGACUCCAAAUGGCAGUGCUGUGUCGUAUGAUUUUGCGUGGAGACGUCGAGAUCCUGGUGUAAAAGAGCGUAUAUUCCCAGGAUUGGAUGACAUUGUGAUUAUGGGUGGGGGAGAUGUGUUUGAGCAGCAUGCUAGUGGUGAACGAUACAGCUCUCAGGAAGAUACUUGGAGUCCCGAGGUGUGCAUGACGACGAAAAGAGUUCGGCUGUCUGUCACAUCUGUGAAGGGGUGUUUAUAUGUUUUAGGAGGUCACGAUGGCACAAUAUGUCUCCGUUCUGUUGAGGUGUAUGACCCAUUGGAUGGUAAUUGGCAGCCAGCUCAGCACAUGAACUAUCCUCGUGAUAGUGCAGCUGCUACUUCUUUCGAAGACAAGUUGUACAUGAUAGGGGGACACAAUGGUACGUCUCGAAUGAACUCCGUGGAAGUUUAUGACCCUGACAUGGACGAAUGGACGGAUGUCAGUCCGAUGGGUGUUCCUCUAACCAGCGCUGCUGCUGAUUCGUUGGGUGAGUAUAUUUACGUGUGUGGUGGUAAUGAUGGAAUGAAUUUUGUGGAUCGACUUCAACGCUUUCACGUGCACACUGACCAGUGGUCAGACGUGAGACCACUGCCGUCGCCUAGAAAUCGGCUUGGUCUGACUGCUCACAAUGGGGUACUUUAUGUAACAGGCGGUCUUGACCCAUGUGGUGAGUGGCUUUCAAAAUGCGAGAAAUACGAUCCAGAGACUGACACGUGGACUCCGAUCAAGAAAAUGAAUGUGUCACGGUGCAGACAUUGCACUGCCGUCGCCGAUGGUUACAUGUAUGCCUUGGGUGGAUUUGGUGGCACCGAGACCAUUCACUUGAACUCAGUUGAACGUUACGAUCAUGAAACUGAUGAAUGGCAUCAGGUUGGCCCAUUAAUCAUGCGAAGAGGUGGAGCCGGCUGUGGCGUGUUGAGCAAGCGACGUCCCAUUUGUCCACACAAACACGCUAACUCGAAGAAUUUUUGUCGACGUGAAAGUCAAUGUUAAACAGUAUGUUUCAGAUAUUGGAAUAGAAUUAGAGAUCUUUCGUGAUAGUGAUGUAUAUCGUUUUCAAUCCAUUACUAGAGUUUCUUGCUUUACAGUGUAGGUAGUGCAGUUUAUUUGAUAUUUAAAUUAGUGAAGAAAUGGGAAAAAGUUGCAAGAA